AACAAAACAUAUAUGCUACAAUCUAUUUCUUUUCAUCCAAACAUGAAUUCAAGCUAAAGCUUUAGCAUUUUCACGUAUCGUGAUGAACGCGUCCUCGACAUAGCCUGUCAACAUUCUAGAGACAUUUAAUGCGUACCAGUACAGAAUUUAUAAGUUAGAUUUCUGCUCCUACAAUUUCCACAUCUUUCGAUUUUCGCGCGCUGGUAAAGGGCAGAUUGAUGUAUAUCGUUUUAUGUCCAAACAUAGUUCAGAUCACCACGUGCUUUUUUGUCUCGAUCCCUGGUCAGAUUUUAAGUUACACACUACGAAAGGACACUACUUUAAGAAAUAAAGGUUAAUAUAAGUCUUAGAACGCGCAGAUAGAUGAAUCACUGCGUAAAAUAGAAUGUGCCGCAGCAUUACUGUCUCUUAACUACCCUAGUCUUUAUUUCCAUAGUUUGAGAAUGAGCAGAAGUUAUUACUUCUUCCCCAAGGCGCUAUUAUGUUCGACCCGCCGGUUGGGGGCAUUUUUCUUUAUUAUUAGUUUCUCUUCAACUUCAGGUUGUGCGGGAUGAAGAUAAUAAUAGCUAAUUGUGCAUUUGAGCAUUAGAAGGUCUCGGCAUCAGUUCUAAGUUGGGGCGAAGACUUUUUUUCUACCUUUUCAGAGAUCUCAUAGUACAUUGUCUCUGCUUUAACAUAUCACCGAUAUGCUUUUGUACCUGUAACUAUUUCUUUUGUGACUAGGUGUCACAUAAGGCCUGUACAGAGCGCCUCCACUCCUCUCCAUCUGCUUCGGUUCAAGAUUUCCGGGGCCCUUCGUUCCUUUGUUAUGUAUUUACCACGCAAUAAGAAUUAACGGUUCCUUAACGCUUUAAGAAUCCAUGUGAAGUCCACAUCUUGUCAGAACUUUAUGCGGUUCAUUGCUACUUGAUUUGGCAUUCUCAAUAUUCCCAUUUUCAGCAGUUUCCUUUGAUCUAGACUUCCGAAAAGAUUCUUUACCAUAGAUUUCAGGAAAGGAGAAUUUAAAAAAGCAGGUGACAACUGGGGCCAGUUGUUCAAAGGUAACGCUAUCAUCCAGAUAAAUCGCUAUUCAGUGUAUAAGUGUUGGCAAAACAAACUACGCUAUCCACUGGAUUGCGAUUUAUCGGUGGAUAUCGGUAUACACCCUUUGAACAACUGGGGCCUGAUCGACAACUGCUCGAGCAACCGAGCAGGCGAGUUGUGGCUGUUAUCACAAUAAGUAUACACGCACGGCAUUUCAUGAGUUUAAGAGGUGAGCUGUUCUAGCAAGAGAAGAACAAUAGAGAAAACUGAGAAAGUAGGAAAACGUUUUGAUGAUUUUACUUUUUGUCACCUAAGGACUCAGAAAAUUUCAAAAUUAUCCAUGUAGGUAAUAAAAAAGUGAAGACACCAGCGACUUUCAGGAUCAAGAAUCUCACUAUCCCAAGCUACGUCCAUGCCUUUUGCUGGGUCUGCAAUUGCACAAGGGCCCAAUGUUGGUCGAAUUGACCGGUGGUCAGAGUGGAAACCAACUUCUAUUGAGCCCAAGUGGUUACUUCUCUCAGGUGCUUCAGAUCCUCCAAGGGACAUUAAUAUUUCCGAUAGAAGGACCAGGGACACUCCUGAAGUCAAAGGCGGUACAUUUCUCGCCGGUGUUACUCAUGAUUUAGCCAACAUGGAAGCUGCAGUUGGAGCUAAGUUGUUCAACACUGUAAAAGAUCUUUAUCUAACCAAGUCCGCAGCAUUAGGUCAUAUCAGGAGACUUUUUGAUACAUGUAGACGUAAGGAAAUCAAACCCAUCUUGUACUACACUGGUCAUGGAGAAACUGGGACUGGAAACUGGUGCUUUGCUGAUGGGACAAUCAGUAUUCAAGAUAUUCUUGAUAUCCUUCCUGGUGGAACUUACUACCCGAUGAUCUUCAGCGAUGCUUGUUACAGUGGCCACUGGGCAAAUUUCUGCCUUGAAAUGAACAUUGAAGGUUUCCAUUGCCUUGCAGCAUGUCCGGAGUAUUCUACAGCGUUUGAUACCAAAGGCGAAGGUGGAGAUUUGACUUUGUUCAUGACUGGAAAAAAACCACGUCCAAGAACUGAACCUAUGUACAGUGGAGGGAACAUCGACGACUUUCCGCUGAGCAAUGGAAUUGAGUACAUUCAUUUUAUUGCCAGCGUUCAAAAUUCUGAAAAUUUUGUAAUCAACCAAAGUUUCCAUGAUGGACACUUCAGUGGUAUUUUUGCACCUUCAAAAAGGUACAGUCCCAGGCCCGCCGUUUCCUGGACACGGCGACAUAACUAUCACUCUUUCCUUGAGUUGGUCAAAGAAAACUGGAAAGUAAAAAAUGGAAAGUCAAAACAUAUUUUUUCUCUUGCAUGCGACGAGAACUUAGGAUUUGGAGUGUUUUCCAUGGAAAAUUAUGGCAUAGCUCUUGUAACGAUCACAACUGAUGCACAGAACAAAUUUAGAGAAGGUUUUCACAUCACUGCAUGUGCUGCCAGGGGGUCAACAUUUUAUGUCGUUAUGACAAAAGGCACGGAAGAAUACAAAUGGCAAGCUCAGGAACGGUUCUUCAACUUCACCACUAGUACAUGGGACCGGGCUAAAGGUGAAAUAAUGGAGAAGUAUAGAGAAGGAAAAGUCAUAACAGGGAUAUGUUACUCCACCCGACUGAGACAGUACUUUGUUGUCAUGACAACAAUACCAGAGCGCAAGACUUGGAAAUGGUUCGAUGGCAUAGAAGCUGCACGCAAGUGGAUGGACAGCCUCUGGGAGUAUCAUCCUACCGUUACCUUCAAGGACCCGAUUGAUAGAAAAACUAUAGUUGUGAUGACCACGGAUGAAAAUAUAUCGAGCGCGCGCUGUACGUGAAGGUUUAGUGAAAAGCUUUGCUAGGCUUAAAACUAUAAGAGGGCAAGUUAUUACAAUUCAACUGGGAGAGGUGUUUUAAAACCUGUUUUUUCAAUGAAAACGUCCCGAUUUUUUUUUUUUGUUAAACCUUCGAACGCUGGAUUUUUCCAGCAGAAGACGUAAUUCCUCUUAGCGAUCAUGAAAGAUUGUCACUAACUCUUGGAAGCUUCAUUUGAAAACACGUAGGCACGGAGUUUAUUGUAUAGAGUGAUGAAUCACUAAUGAUACAAAGACGACGGUCUCCGAGCCCACGUAUUUUUGGGCUUAACACUUUUUUUUACAGUAAUUAUUUAAUUUCUCGCGCGCCGAUUGGCUCAUUUUUAUCAUCAAUAAG